GUGUCACUCACUUGUCAGUGAAUCAAUAAAAUUAACAGAACUACAAAAUAAAAAAAAGUUUUAUACAAUUCAGUAGUACUCGUAGAAAAAAGAAGAAGUAAUAUCUAGUUGUUGUUUUGAAAUUUGAAAAAAUCCCUCUCUCCCUCUUCUCUUUCUCUUAUACCCGCGCUCCUUUCCUCCAUAAACCUCCUCCUUCCUCAUUUCUUCAUUUCUCUCUCCUCUUUUUUCAAUCCCAUUUUUGCUUCUCUUUCUCUCUCCUCUUUUCACUCAAUCUGGGAAGGACCCAGAUCUAAUUUUUGCUUAUAAGAAGAUAAAUGGAGUCCUUGCCCGAUGCCAUUGUUCAAUACAUAUUAUCUAACCUUAACAAUGCCAAAGAUGUGGCAUCUUGUAUUUCAGUCUCAAAGAGAUGGAAAGAUUCAAUGCCAUAUAUCAGAAGCCUUUACUUUCCUCGAAACAUUUUUGAUACUUCCUUGAUUAGAGAUAGUAGUAAUAUUAGUCAUGAUGAAAUCAUAAUGAAGAUUGUAUCAAUGGUAGUUGAAUUAGAGGAGCUUAUUGUAUACUGUCCGUUCUCCGGUUCUGGGCUCGAGUCGUGGCUCUCUAUAGCUAACAAGUCACUUAGACACCUUGAGCUAAGGAUGGACAGCCUAUCCGAGCAGGAAACAUGGUGGGAGAACUCAAUUAAUAAAAUUGAUUGUAUUGGUGUUGUAAAAAACCUCGAGUCUUUAAAGUUGUGGGGUGUGUUAAUGCCCCAAUCCCCAAAGUGGGAGACUUUCCAUAAUCUUCGGAAUCUUGAAAUUGUUGGGGCAAGAAUGGAGGAUCAUACAUUGGUAGAUGCACUUCGAUUGUGUCCUAAUUUGAAUCGUUUGUUGCUCCUUGGUUGCGAGGGAGUAAGGUCGGUUUCAAUUAAUUUGAAAGAGUUGGAGGAGUGUAAAUUGGACUUUUAUGGAGCUGGGAAUAAUUCUCUUUCAAUUUCUUGUCCAAAGCUGACAACCCUCGAAAUUCAAGGGUGUGGGUGGAUGAGGGUUCGGGAGACUGAUCGUCUUCGGAAUCUUUCCAUUUCCAACAGUGGAGGAAAAGUUUACUUGGUUGAUUUCGGAAAGCUUGGUGCACUUGAAUCCUUAUCUUUGAGGGGAGUUCAGUGGUGUUGGGAUGCCAUUAGCAAAAUGCUUCAAUGGGCUUCUGAAGUGAAGCAUCUAUUCAUGAAGGUCGAAUUUACAGGGGACUUUGAAAACCUUUUACCCUUUCCUGAGAUAGAUUUUGUAGAGUUCUUUAACGCCCAUCCGAAACUCCAAAAGUUUGAUAUUCAUGGAGCUAUGUUUGCUGCACUUUGUCAGAAAAAUAGCUUGAAAAAUGUUGAUUCGAGUUUUUCUAUCCCAUGUUUGGAAGAGGUUAUACUUACUGUAAGAUCACCAUUGAAUGCUGAGCAGAAAAUGAGUACUCUUGAGUCAUUUGUUAAGUAUGCGGGAAACCUUAAGAAGAUGGCAAUAAAGAUUCUUCAAAUGAAGAGUAGUCAUAGCAGCACGGAUGAUUUUUUUGCAGAGGUUUGUAGGUUUAGUUACAUGAAUCGAAAAAUUGUUCGAAUUGAAUAACAAGGUAGAAGCAUAUUCCCAUUUACGUGGUUUUCCCACAUUGUUUGUUGUAUCAAUUUCUCAUCAUUUUUAACUGAUAAUUGUAUCAAUUUCUCAUCAUAUAAACUGAUAAUUGUAUCAAUCUUUUCCAAA